AUGUCGUUUGAUGAUGACGCCCCUGCUUCCUCCCAAACUCUACCUGAGAUCGCAGUAUUACAAGCCCCGACUUCAUCAUUCCCCAGUUCCGACCGCCAACUCGACGAACUCGAGAGUGACCAAACUUCAAAACUGCGUCCCAAGAAGACCAAACGACGAUCCAAUCUCAAAGAUAACUACCAAUUUGAAGGCGAUCAUAUCCCGAGACGGCAGCACAAGAAGAGCAAAGCUAAGAAACGACCCUCCGAGCACAACGAUGAUGAACCCGAGCCUGAACCCGAUCUUGCCUCGAAACCGCCGUACAAGAAGAGGAAAUGGAGGAAGCAACAACGCCCUGACCACACCGAUGAACUCGACCACGAUCAUACCUCCAAUCAGCAGCAGAGGAAGAGCAAGGCCGAUAAACAACCCUCCGACCAGAGCGAAGGACUUGAAAGCAAUCAGGGCUCGACACAACAGCGCAAGAAAACCAAAGUUGAUCAACAUCUGAGCUGCCUAGUGCGAGAAGCGACGAGUGGCCUACGCAAGUCUUUCAAGUCCAAGAAGACUAAAUAUGGCCGAUCAGGACACCACGCUCGUCCUACAGCUUCUGGUAGUAGGUCUAAACUAGUAUCUGUGCCUCGUAGCCAAGAUGUCGAGGAGAAUAGCACCUUGGACGAUUCACUCGUAUCUCCUGACAUGGACCCCGUCAUGUCACUAGGUUUGAACAACAUUGGAUCUUCGUCAAUGUACCCGAUUCCUGCACCCGAGGUACUCGGAGAUCCUCACGACGUUGAAAAUGAUAUUACAAACUCCCUUCCCGAUCAUAACCAUCGAUCAUCUAGGUCUCCUUCUCAAGAGCCUCCCGAUGAACCCGCAAAACCAUCUACUCAUUCCGGUGAACCCCAAACCAAGCCCAAGUUUCUUGAUUCCACAAUCUCCGAUCUCUUGUCCACCCAAACGCCGCCUUCGGAGUCAUCAAACGCUGCAGUAUCUAUACUGAACCGAGUCCUCGCAAGUCUUCAAUCAUCCUCCGGCUUAGAUCCUCAGAAGUUGUACUCAGACUGGGUCAGCACUUACGCUGCUCCAGUAGCAAAUUCAUCGCCCUCCCAUAAAGUUGGUGAAGCGACGGCGGCGGUCACAUUUGAGGCCGAAACGCCUUCAAGUGGUUGCUGGUGGGCUAACAAGUUGGAACUCAAUCAAGCCCUUCGAGCCAGCCUCACUGUCAAACGGGAACUAAUGAAAACACAGUUGGCGGAUCGAGCAGCAUCGGCGGGACUUGUGUUCCCUGCAACUCAAUUUCCUUGGCAUACCAUGCGCUAUACUCUCUUUCAACAGGGUUAUCAAAUGGUAAAUAUCCUGGACGAGGUCCCGUUUCCUGGUCAGGAAACAUUGAAAACUGGGUACCGCGGACUCAACGGUCUUCCUGUCAAGAUAUGCACACCCUGGGUACGCUCCCUCCCAAGUGAUCUAUCUCUUGGGGUCAUUUUUCGCAAGCUCCAGCCAGCGGACGUCAAUCUCAUGCGUAGGGGCCUUAUCCCUGUAUUUGUAAGCGCGCCUCCCCAUCCUGGCUCCCCUCAUCUUCGCGCAAAGCAACUUUACAUCACCGAGACCCGGUUGUGGCAGGUUCGCGAUGGCCCUCCACGACGUGCUGAGACGGACGUGGAUCAAGAAUUUCUUGGUGCCUACCAACCACCUGCUGAGACGGACGAGGAAAUGGACGCUUUGUUGAUGAGGGGGCGUGGUGCCUCGAAGGGAGUGACUCAUCUACUCGGCCAUUCCGAAGAAAUGAAGGCACUGAUGCAGAAGAUUCUGGAUGCGCGUCCAAAGGCCAAGGCUCCAGAGUCGUUUAUUGCUAGCGAUGGUUCUGUAGUUGACGGAGGGUCUGACACACCAGAUGAUGAAUAUGAUGAAGGGUCGGAUGAUGAGGAAGGAUCAGAUGAGGAAGGAUCAGAUGAGGAAGGAUCGGACGAGGAAGGAUUGGACGAGGAAGGAUUGGAUGAGGAAGGAUCGGACGAGGAAGGAUCGGACGAAGAAGCAUCUGACGAAGAAGCGUCUGACGACCAGGACAGCACAGAUUCAGCUGUGGAAAGCAAGCAAGCUCCUCAGUCCCAUCGCUCUAGGCCACGCCAAACCACAUCACCAGCACGGUCUUCGCGCCCAGCUACUUCUUCGCGCCCAGCCACUACGUCUUCACGUCCAGCCACUACGUCUUCACGUCCAGCCACUACGUCUUCACGUCCAGCCACUAUCUUCGCACACAGCUACUUCGCACACAGCUACUACGUCUUCGCGCCCAUCCAAGGCUAA